AUGGUAGAUAAAGCUUUAGAGAUUUUGAGGGGCAGGAGUGAGAAGGGUGUGGAGCGUAAAAGGGUGUGGAGAUACGAUGAAGGUUACAAGAUUUUGAGGGACAAGGUUGGUGUUGGGUUUUCACCAACUUUUGCUACAUAUAAAUUGUUAAUUCUUGCAUAUUGCAAUGUGGGGAUGGUGGAUAAAGCUUUAGUGAUUUUGAGGAGAAUGUUGGAGAAGGGUGUCGACCCAGAUUGCCUUUCAUUCAAGGAAAUUCUUCAGGGAUGCUUUAGAGAUUUUGAAGGAUAUGGCACAGAAGGGUGUGAGCCAGAUUUCCUUUCAUUCAUGGCAGUUCUUCAGGGUUUGUGCAAGGAUAAGUGGAAAACUAAGGCUGAGGAGCUGCUUAAGGAGAUGAACGGGAAGGGUUUGCCCAUUGAUGACACUCUGGAAUGGAUGUUAAAGAGAAUCCAUCAAGAUUUCAUUGAAGAAAAGCAACAAGAGGGAGAAGAAAUCCAUUUUAGAGCAAAGAACUCGCUCAAGCAAGACAAAAUUCGCUCAAGCCAAAGUUCCAGGGAAGAUCUCGCUCAAGCGAGAUGCUCCAAACAUAAGACGACAGAGGUUGAAAAGGUUCUUGAGGGCAUGAAUCAGGAUGGUUUAGCCCCUAAUGAAAAGACUUGCAAGUCUUUGAUUGAGCUGUUCGGUGAUCAAUUGCGGUACGAAGAAGGUUACAAGAUUUUAAGGGACAGGGUUGGUGCUGGGUUUUCACCCUCUUUCGCUACAUAUAAUAUGAUAGUUCUUGCAUAUUGCAAUGUGAGGAUGGUGGAUAAAUCCUUGGAGAUUUUGAGGGCCAUGGUUUAG